AUGGCUUGCAGAAAUUUGGAAAAGGCUGAAGCAGCUGCUGAAGAAAUUCGCCAAAAGACUGCAGUUGAUCCCAGUCUUGUGUCCGUCGUGCAAUUGGACCUUAGUGAUUUCGAUUCGGUUCGAGACUGCAGCCGGAAAAUUUAUGCAUCUGAACCAAGACUUGAUGUUCUGAUAAACAACGCCGGUGUUGGUUUAGGAUAUGACAAAAACUCCAAACAAGGUUAUGAAUACACAUUUGUGUCCAACCAUCUUGGACAUUUUCUUCUUACUCAUCUACUCCUUGGUUUGCUUAAAAAAUCCAGUCCAAGUCGAAUAAUCAAUGUCAGUUCCUUGAGUCAUCAUAACAUGAUCAGACUUCCAGACUUUAGCCGGGAAGCAAAACCAGGAUCUGACAGGAAAUAUCCUGGACUUUUUGGUUAUCCAACAAGUAAACUUGCCCAAAUCCUCCAUACAAAUGUCCUGGCUAAACAACUUAAGGAACAUGGCAUUGUUGCUAACAGCAUGCACCCAGGAUAUGUGUCGACUGGAAUUUGGUAUCCAGAUGGUGAGAAGAAGAUUCUUAUCAAGUUGAUGAAGUUCUUAGGAUGGUUAUCAACAAUCAUUGGACGGACUCCAAAAGAUGCAGCCCAAACUGCAAUCUACAUGGCUGCAGACCCUGCCCUAGAAAAAGUCUCAGGACAAUAUUUUGAAAAUGUGGCAAUAUCUGAUCAGCUUUCCACUUUUGCUAAGGAUCCAGAACUAGCUCAGAAAAUGUGGGAUGUUUCCAGUGAGAUGUGUGGACUGACCAAAAAAGUGGAAUAA